AUGCGUCGAGUAGUAGCCGAAGAGGCGAUCGGCGCUCACGAUGAGGACGAUCAGCCGCCCAUCAUUCCACGCUACGAUCCCGCCCAUUCUGAUGCGCAGAUUCCGUCGAGAACUCAAGUAGUCCGUCAGAUUUAUACUGCCGGUCCGCAACAAAUCGUUCGAACGAUUCCGGCGACGGCGAAAAAUGUGAUUUAUCUGAAAAGUACCGAUGGGGGAACACAGAAAAUGAUGGUUCGAGCCGCGACGGGCAAACCGUCGUCGGAUCAACAGAUCUACAGACAGAAUUCAGACUUCCAACCGGGCACCGUUCUCCCCGGCGGUACGAGAGUUGUGGCAGUUCGGCCGGGAAAUAUUCAGAAUGUGAGACAAGUCUAUAAUCCGGGGAAUGGAGGCGCCAGUGGGGGAAGUACCCGGUUUGUGAGGGUACAGAAUGCGACGAUAGCCAACUCGAGACCUGUGGAGCAACCGCCGAUAGUGAGGAGAGUGGUCCAGCAGAGACCUAUGGACACGUAUCAAGAUCAGGAUCAAAAUGUGUCGAGUGGUCAACAACAACAACCUCGUUAUAUCAUCCAGGGAGCCAAUACUCAACAAUCCCAAAAAAUGCCACGGACGAUGGUGCCACGUGGCGGAUUAACAAUGCAAAUGGUACAACAACAACAGCAACAACAGCAUACGGAUCACCGCCGUCUAAUGGCAGGUCGACAACGUCAAAAAGUGACGACUUAUCGAGAUUUUAUGGCCAGUCGAGGGUAUUUGGACUCUCCGAAAUUCAUGAUGCAACCGAAACCCACGUUCCUUCCGUUUGAAUUCAAUGAAGAAGAGGAAAGAGAGAUAAAUGAGGCGAUAGCGAGAGAGGAGGAAUGGAUGAGAUUGGAGGAGGAGAACAAAAUCGGUGGUUACGACUCUCGCUCCUAUGGUACAUCACCAAAUGACGCCAACAGAGCACCGCCGUACGUCUCCAAUUUACUCCCGUCGUCUAAUGAUACUCCAGAUGAUAAAGUCAUCAAACAGGUUCUCGACGUGAUGUUCAGUCAAGUGUGCCGCUGGGAUCGGCAGUACGGAUGGUCGAAAACGCAUAUGAAACGGGCGAGACAGAAGAAUGAGACGGAGAAGACACAACUCCGAAAAGUGCGCCUAUCUCAACGAGAAGUGCUAAUUUCUGAGCAUAUGGAUCGUCUCAAGAAGGAAAUCAACAAGCGACGAACUAAAAUCGAGAACGAGGCUGAACAACAGUGUGGUCUAUUGACACCGUGGAGGAAAUCCAGAUCCCGACCGCAUAGAAUUUAUGACGUUGAGUUUGAAGCGAGAAUUGGCUUGAAGCGGUCUAAAAAGGAUUCUGAUUCUGAUUCCAAGGAGACGUUCGUGUCUUCUGAAUCAGAAGAAACAGUAGAAACUGAAACUGAUCAGAAUCUUGAAAACGAGAUUGCUGAAAUCCUUCCGCAAUUCGAAUCGGCUGAAUCUGACUGGAAAAUUGAGAACUGUCUGAAAUGUUCUAGAAGGACAAACAUGGCUCAGACCGGUUUCAUCCUAGACCUAGUUGAAAGUUUCAACUUGAAACAUAACAAUUCUAGAACCGACCAGAACAACCCGUUCCUGUUCCCACAGCUUGGAACCGCCUGGCACGGUCCUGAAACUGUCAACAUAAACAGUCAUUGUUCAAAUGAUCACAGAUCACUAUGUUGUGUCUUUAUGUGUCAUUGCUCUAUAGUAGCCGAACGGUUUGUUGUUGACAAGCUCAUGACCUUCUUUCGGGCUUCUCUUCGCCCAAUCUGUCACAUCACGUGA